AUCCAACUUUCUGAGUAUCUCAAAGAAGCCCUACAGCGUGAGCUGAUCCUGAAAAAGAAGAUGGUUUUCCUCCAGGAGCUUCUCUCCACCCUGAUCCAGGCCUCGGAGAGAUCCUGGAAGGGGCAGAUGAAUGAGGACCAACUCAAGUGCAAAUUGAGAUCCCUUGAAAACCAGCUGUAUACCUGUGCCCAGAAACACUCUGAGGAGAGCGUGACAAAGGUCCUGAUGGAAAUGGAAGACCAGAAGCAGAAUUACGAAAGGAAAGCAAAGGAGUCCCUGCAGAAGUUACUGGAGGAGAAAAUGAUGGCAGAACGGCAGCUUCAGAGCACAAAGAGGUCCCUGGCUGGUGCAGAGCAGGAAUGUGCCCAGUGGAAGGCCCAGUAUGAGGUCCUCAAGGAAGAAUGGAGUGACUUGGCAGCCAAGCACAGUGAGCUGGAGACCCAGCUGCACAUUCUGCAGUGUAAAUUGCAGGGUGCUGACAGCCGAGACUUGCAGCUCAAUCGGGCUCUGCAACUGCUGGAGACGGAGCAUCGGGACCUGCAGGCUCGGCUGGACCUGCUGCAGGAGGACGAGGCUCAGGGCAGUCAGGACGCCCAAGAACUCCAAGGAAAACUACAGAAGUCAGAAGAAGAGAAGCUCAACCUAAUAGCCAAGGUCCAGCACUUACAGAGUGUGGUUCAGAGUCAGUCCAUACAGCUGCAAGCCUGGGAGGAAUUGAUCUGGAAGAAAGGUCAGCAAACCCCAUUUGGCAGAUUCUAAGGGCUAGCUCUCUCUCAGCCCGCUGGGAGGCAGGUGGUUUGAUCAGAUGACCUCUCAAGGUCCCCCGCAGUCCAGGGGUGAGCAAGAUUCUUGGUUUGUAGGACAGGACUGAUGUUUGGUCUUUUCAGUGGCCAGGAGAGAUUAGCCUGUAGUGCUUUCAGAAAUCCUUUUUGACAUGCGUUCCUCCUUCCUGUGAAAAGGGGUUUCUGUUUUUCAUGAAAAUGUGACUUUGUGAUAGUGAACAUAUUAAAUAAAUUCA